CUCGCACCCCACAGAACGGACACGGAGCGCGCGGCUGACCGAAUCACCACCCCUCCGCCGGCCAUCCUCCCACCGCACGCCCGAAUGCGCUGCCGCCACUUCCUAAACCCCAUCCUCUCCCCUCUCUCCUUCGCAAAACCCCCUUCCCGUCCCCUGGCCUGCCGCGCCGGCGCCGUAGCCCAGCCGCCGGGGCAGCGCCGCGCCGCCCUCGCCGAGCCCGAUGUCGGCAUCUCCCGCUUCGCCUCCUCGCUCCCCGGCUUCCGCGGCGCGCUCAAGCAGCGCUACUCCGACUUCAUCGUCCACGAGGUCGCCCGCGACGGCGCCCUCGUCCGCCUCACCUCCUUCGACCUCCCCGACGAGGAUGUGGAUGCAGAGGAGGAGGCGGACCCCGACCCGGACCUCCCGCAUUCGCUGGAGUCCUUCCGGCUGCUCUGCGGCGAUGCUGAUGCUGACACGCUGAGGGAAUUUCUGUCGAGGGUUUCAGAGGACGAUAGCACUGUCUCGCCAAUCAUUCUCUCUCCUGACGCCGAUAAGGCUCAUCGCUCGGAGGUGCAUGACUUUUUCAAGAGGAACUUCAAAUUCUUGGCCACGGAUACCGUUGAACACAGCGAUGGGGUUCAGAGGUGUAUUAGGGUGCGAUUGAAGUCAGGGCCACGUGGACGGAGGAAUUUUCGCGAGAAGGCGAGGAAUAGGACGGGCAUGCGAAGUUCCCGGCAUUCGGGCUGGAGAGAUGAUAGGCCGUUUGAUAGUAGGGUCUCUGUAAUCUGGCCUUAUCAUCUUGGGAAGUACCUCAGGUUUCAUCUCUACAAGGAGAACAAGGACACCCAGGAGGCACUAAGAGUGAUAGGAAAAAUGUUGGGGCUUCAGCCACGGGCAUUUGGGUUUGCAGGGACAAAGGAUAAACGUGCUAUUACAACCCAACAGGUAACACUUUUCAGGGUACAUGCCAGUAGGUUGGCUGCUCUAAAUAGUAAACUCAUUUGCAUUAAAGUUGGAGACUUUAAUUAUGUGAAGGAGGGCCUUGUUCUUGGUCAACUCAUGGGAAACCGAUUUACGAUUAUCUUAAGGAGUGUGGUGGCAGAAUCAGAAGAUGUAAUUAAGGCAGCUGUUGAUGGAUUAAUAAAUAGUGGGUUUAUUAAUUACUAUGGUCUACAGCGUUUUGGUAGUGCUUCAGUACCAAAUCAUCUUGUUGGUGCUGCUUUGCUUAGAGGAGAGUGGAGAAAUGCAGUUAGCUUGAUCCUUGAUCCAAGGGAAGGAGAGUGUGAUGACAUGAAUGGGGUAAGGGAACAUUAUAAAGAGCAUGGUGAUAUUGACUCUGCAAUUCGGAAUUUCCCUCGGCGUCUCGUAGCAGAGAGGGCUAUUCUUCAGCGUUUGAAGAAGUACCCUGGCAACUAUCUACAAGCACUGAUGGCUAUACCUAGACCACUGAGAUUGAUGUAUGUGCAUAGUUACCAGAGUUACUUAUGGAACCAUGCUGCGAGUAUGAGAGUUGGAAAGUACGGUUUUUCAGGAGUCAUUGAAGGUGACUUGGUUUACAGAAAAGAAUGCCCUUUUGGAGAAGGAUCGGUAACGGGUGCUUCAAACGAUGAUAAUACUAACACAUCUGAAAUGGACAUAUCUACUGAAACACUCCUGGAAGAAACAAUCCAGUCUGUCAAGAUAGCUGAUUCUGAAGAUUUAUUGAAGGCGGUGUACACGCUUGAGGAUGUUGUCCUUCCUUUGCCUGGUUCCGAAACAUUGUUUCCUCGGAAUGAAGUUUCUGGGAUUUACCAUGAAAUAGCUAACAAGGAUGGUAUCAGCUUGACAGAGAGCAUCCACGGUGUCGAGGAAUUCUCAAUUACAAGCAUAAAAGGAGGUUACCGCCGUGUAAUGCAACGACCUGUUGAUUGUGACUGGGACCUCAUGACUUACACGGAUGACAAAAUACAAUUAGUGGAAACCGAUUUAGAUGUUCUAUCCAAAGCCAAGCCAUCGGAAGCAAACAAACUAUUAUCUACUGGGACAUCAUAUGAAGAUUCAUUGAAAACCUCUGGAGCAACCAUCCUAGCAGAGACCAAAUCUAUUGGCUGCUCAGAUCUGUUACCAGAGCUUGCUGUAAAACUAACUUUUACUCUACCAGCAUCAUCUUAUGCUACAAUGGCUAUCAGAGAGUUGACGAAGACUUCAACUUCGGUUGAUUAUCAGAAAGCAUUGAACUCCUGAACCUACAGCUAUGUGCAUUACUUGCGAAAGCUGAUCUCUAAUGUUGAACGUGUGGAAGUUGCGGGCAUAAGUUACAUCAGUAAACACUGCUCUGUGAUAAACUUCCAUAAUGUUCUGGAUUCUACGCCUUGACUUCUGUAGCAUUUCUGCAUGUCAUUAAGAGGAACAU